AUGCUCAAAAGAGUCCCGGGUUUCUUCAGGAAGAAAGGCCCAAGGUACUUUUCGAAAUGCAACGGUGCUUUAAAAAGCACAUUCUCUACAUAUACGAAGAUCAAACUCAACGUUAGGCCAGGAGCCGCUAUCAAGUUUACAUUCACCCCGAGAGGUUACCUCAUGUUUCUCUCUAAGAACUAUGUUGAGACUUUAGACGUGCCGCUGGAGAUUGUGGGCUCAGAUUCAGCUUGGGUAAUUUAUCGCCAUCUUUGCGGCCUUAUCCACAAACACGAACAGGCUAUGGGUUUGUUUGCGGAGCCAUGGGAGAAAGAGACGGACAUUUACCUCUGGAUAAAGCCUUAUGAGGAGCCGAUAGUCGAACGUGAUAUGAAUGGGGUAUUACAACGCAGGAUCCGGAAGGCGACGAAAAAGCCGAGUAGAUUGAGGGGAAGAACUCUAUUUGUGCAGUGGAUGAUGGAGAAUAGCGAUUGGCAAGAGCAGCUUGUCCUACACUACUGGAAUUUGCCACGGAAGGGGAUUCGAGGAGAGACUUUAUUGCCAUGGUUCACUUUAGAGGUUGAGUACAGGGAGGGGGCAAGAAAAAGGCUUUGCAAUAAACAUCACGAAGACUUUUGUGCUAUCGAGGCUGCUGAGGGGGGUUAUGGGUGUUCUAUGGUGACAAACGGAUCUAUCAACAAAAGCAUGAGCGAGAAUCCACGGGCUUUGGGCGAAGAUCUAGAGAUUGGACUGGAAUUGGUAGUCGAAACAGCAACGGUUCUCAUAACCUCUUUAACCGAAGAUGGAUCCUCCAGCUCGCUCAGCAUAGAAGACAGCCUAAAUACCUCUCGUAGGCCAACUACUCCAGGAAACGAAGAGUCUAUCACGGACGAAAAUGCGAUUCUUCUCGGGGACGGGCUUAUGAUUGGGUCGGGAAAGGUUUCUGUCAAGUCUGUUGAGAUCAGACCAAUUUCGUGCGCUUCAACGGCUCCUCAUGUUGGAAAGAUUGAGGAACAUCAAAUCAUUGAUAUAGGGGUUUGA